AUGUCUCACCUUAAAUUCUAUGCAUACGACGGUGCCGGGAAGCAGAAGCAACGCGACUUUUGGUACAGCCAAGCUGUCCGAGUUGGCGACCGAAUUGAAUGUGCUGGCCAAGGUGGCUGGGAUCCCGCGACUGGCGCUUUUGAGCUAGAAAUCAAUGCCCAGAUUGACUUGGCGUUUGCCAACGUUCAGCGCUGUUUGGAGGACGCUGGUGGCAAGGGCUGGUCUCAAGUCUACCGGGUCAAUUCCUACCACGUUCCAAUCAACAAUGAGGCAUUAGCAGCAAUGGUUCGCAACUUCAAGAAAUACAUGCCAGAUCACCAGCCCAUUUGGACUUGUGUUGGAGUGACCCGACUAGGGGAGGAUGAUAUGCGCGUGGAAAUUGAAGUGGUUGCGCAUGACCCCGAAGGGGCCAAGACGGUUAGCUCUGCUUGA